GCAGGCAGAUUAUCUGUCUGCGUUUAUUAGAAACAAUUUUAUGUUAUGUUUUAGGUAUCAUAUAGUCAGUCAUUAUGUUGUUAGUGUUAUCUGACGAGCAUAAGGAGCACCUGGGCUUUUUAUCUGACGUGGACCCAGCGGUUGUUGGCGAGUUUGGCAGAAUUGCUGUGGAGUUCUUGAAGAAAGGCUCAAACCCUAAAAUCUAUGAGGGGGCAGCAAGAAAGCUGAGUGUCCCAGCAGAGACUGUGCAGCAUGGUGUUGAGGGACUGAUGUUUAUUCUUACUGAAAGUUCAAAGCUUAUGAUCUCGGAAGUGGACUUUCAGGACUCGGUGUUGGUGCUGGGUUUUUCAGAGGAGCUCAAUAAACUCCUGCUGCAGCUGUAUUUGGAAAACAGGAAGGAGAUCCGUCAGAUUCUGAGUGAACUCGCCCCGUCUCUGCCCCGCUAUCACAACCUCGAGUGGCGCCUUGAUGUACAGCUGGCCAGCAGGGCUCUGAGACAGCAGGUGAAACCUACAAUCACCCUCAAGCUCCAUCUGGAGAAUGAAGACACGCGGAGCGCCCGUGUUCUGCAGACUGACCCCGCCACACUGCUGCAUCUCAUCCGUGAGCUGGAGCGAGCGCUCGCUGAGGUCAAGAGCAACCACUGCCGCCGAAUCCUCCGCAACAUCAAAUAGGAUUGUACGUAAAGUGGACACUAGAUGGUGUGAAAGGUCACCUAAAGCAGUGUUCAGGAGCACUUCUAUUAUGCACAUUUUACAGCAGUUUGAGCUCUUAGUUAAUGAACUGGUGAGUCAGGUGUGUUGUAACAGGAAAAACAGGAAAAUGUGCAGUUUAGGACCAGGCACAUGAACUCUGAUUGAAGUGUUAGAUACAGUUAAGACUUAAGUGCACUUGAGGUCCUUCAGCGUCAUCACCUGAAUGAAAAACACUCAACACACACUUAAGAAAGAUAUGAAUAAUAUUAGAGCUGGAGCAUUAAUGAUUCAUAUUUUAAUUUGUAUGACAAUUUAUUUGUUCUAUGGUUAUUAUAUUUUGUCAGUGUUUUUCUUUAGUAUCUGGAAAAAUCCAUAUUUUUGGGACCAUUUCAUAACUUGAUGAGGCUGAAGAGUUAAAUUAAUUUUCAGUUUCAAUUUUAAUAAUGUUUAAAAAAUUCAUUUUCUGUAAAUCUAAACUGAAGUGUGUAAUGAUAGAGAACAACUUGCUGUAUUCUCAUUAACUGUUUUAUAAAUACAUUAAUACAU